AUCUGUGAAACCAGCAAAAACACCAACCCUAACCCACAUAGCAACAAACAGUGACUUUUAUUAAAUGCUUCCUGUUUCAUGUAAUGAUGGUGUUAAUGUGGGUGGAACAGUUUCACCACACACACACACACUUUCUGGCACGACAGCUUUAACUGCAGACAUUCCAGUCGGGAACAGUUCAACACCAGUUAGGAAGAUGCUGCUUGUGCUUGGGAUCUUCUUCCUGCUCUUUUCUCCAGCGCUGCCACUGAAGUGCUACGUGUGCAGCUCAUCGGCAACCAAUGAAGAAUGCAACCAGAGUACCCAGGAGUGUAAAACACCUCUCAACACAUGCAUGACUGUCGUCGACACUUUCGAUACAGCGACAGCCAUAACAAAGCAGUGUGCCAGCCAGGCCACGUGCAGAGGAGCUGCCUCCACCGCCUCAGUCGACUCCAACGGUAACGGGAACGCCGUCAGCUGCUGCAGCAGCUAUGACUUGUGUAACUUCAGCAAAGCCGACUCCAUCAACAGAAACAACAAACUGCUGCUCCUGACUGUCGGUGUGGGAUUUCUGCUGUCACGCUGA